AUGGCGGCGAAGGACGCGAAGCCGAAUGGAGCCAAGACAGAGGACAAACCGGCGGGUGAGUGCGUUUUGUCUGGGACUCGAGCGCCGCCGCGGUCCGAGAUGGGAGUCACGGCUCUUUUAUGGGAUCUGACUGAGCAAGAACCAGCUCCGCCCCCGACUCCGCCCCCCAUCGUCGUGAACAGAUACUCGGACGACCAGCUCCGAGCCGUCGUCAAACGCAUGAGAGCGAGACUGGAGCUGUACAAGGAGAAAGCCACAGACCCGUUCGCCUCGUCUCCAGAGAUCACCCCCCCCGUCACUCCUAUACUGGGCAAAGAGGAGUACGCCCGGGUCAUCGAGGAGCGAAAACGCCAAGCCGAGGAGGACCGCAUCAAAAAGGAGGAGGCGGAGAAGAAGAAGAAAGAGGAGGCGGAGAAAAAGAAACAGGAAGCAGAGCAGAAGAAGAAGGAGGAGGAGGAGAAGAGGAAGGCAGAGGAGGCCCUGAAGGAGGUGCCCAAAGUCCCACUGAAGACCCGGGUCCAGGAGGCGUUCUGGUCCUGUGUGGACCUGGGGCUGAAGCCGGUGGAGGACAUGAUGGACCCGGUGCUGGGGGUGACCAUCGACCCAUUCACAGAUCGCCGGUACAUCGCGUGGCUCAGUGUAGUGACCUUGGCGUUCAACUAUAACACCUGGUUCCUGACGGCUCGGCUGUGUUUCCCGUAUCACGAAGACGACAUGGUCAAGUACUGGUUUGCUCUGGACGUUCUGGCCGACGUCAUCUACCUCACAGACAGCGUGUUGUUUCAGCCACGCACACAGUUUGUCAAAGGAGGCGACAUCAUAAAAGACCGAGUUAUGACCAAGAAGCACUACAGAGAGACCGAGAGAUUUAAGAUGGACAUGAUUUCCCUCUUACCCUUUGACCUUUUGUACUACCAGUUUGGCUUCAAAUCCAUUUUCAGAUUCAACCGUCUUCUGAAAGCAGAGUCGUUCUUUGAGUUCAGUGAUCGUUUGGAGAGUAUCAUGGCUAAAGCUUACAUCUGGAGAGUGAUCCGCACCAUCGGGUACCUCCUGUUCAUGCUCCAUCUGAACGCCUGCAUCUACUACGUGGCCUCAGAUUAUCAGGGCAUUGGAAAGACCAAGUGGGUUUAUUCUGGACAGGGCAGUGCGUAUCUGCGCUGUUACUACUACGCCGUGCGCAGCCUCAUCAACAUCGGGGGUCUAAACGAGCCCCACACCGUCUUUGAGAUCGCCUUUCAGAUGACAAACUUUUUCACUGGAGUGUUUGUGUUCUCCAGUUUACUCGGACAGAUGAGGGACGUCAUUUGCGCUGCCACCGCUGGACAGACGUAUUUCAGAACCUCUAUGGACAACACUGUGGCGUACAUGGUGACCAACCGCAUCCCCUCAAUGGUCCAGAACAGAGUCCGCACAUGGUACACCUACACCUGGGACGCACAGGGCAUGCUGGACGAGUCGGAGCUGCUGGAUAAGAUGCCUCUGGUGAUGAGGACGGCCAUCGCUGUGGACAUCAACCUGGAAACGUUCAAAAAGAUCGACCUCUUUAAGGGCUGUGAUCAGCAGAUGUUGGUGGACAUGUUGCUGAGGCUCAAGUCUAUUAUCUAUUUACCCGGCGACUUCGUGGUCAAAAAAGGCGACAUCGGUAAAGAGAUGUACAUCAUAAAGAGCGGAGCGGUGCAGGUGGUGGGAGGACCCGACAACAGCAUCGUGUUUGUGACUCUGAAGGCCGGAUGUGUGUUUGGAGAGAUCAGUCUACUGCAGUCGUCCAAAGAUGGAGGAAACCGGCGAACCGCGAAUGUGAAAGCGUACGGCUUCGCUAACCUCUUUGUGCUGGAGAAGAAAGACCUGUUUGACAUUCUGGUCCAUUAUCCAGAGUCGCAGAAAGUCCUGGCCCGGAAAGGAAGAAAACUGAUGAAGGCGAAGGGUCCGGCUGCAGCGAAAGUCGAGGAGGAGAAGAAGAAAGGGCUGGCGCUGUUUGGCCCGAAGCCGCAGACGCCAAAACUGCUGCGCGCUUUCGGUGGAACCAUCAACAGAUCCACCGUAGACAAACUGAAGGCGAACACGUGA